GAAAUUCGAGUAAAGAAAGUCAGAGUGAUGUUAAGCUAAAAAUAUCUUCAAAAAAUAUUGGUGUAAUUUAUGAAAAGUUGGAAGAACUUUUAAAUUUUCUUUUCAAAGAUACUAACUAUCUAAGUUUUAUUAAUGACUAUCCCGUGUAAAUUUCUGGAGAAAAAAUUUUUAAACAGUGCUCAAGAGCUUGAAUGCAUGCUAAAAGAAUUAAAACGCGUGCAAAUUAAUGUACAGAAACAAAAAUUACAAAAAAAGUGCAUUGACAAGGAGAAAAAAUGCGUUGAAGAGACUUUAAAGAAAUUAAAAGACACUGAAAUACGUGAAAUGGAGACUAUUGUAUCUGUUUUUGACCCUGCCAUGUUUUCACGAUGGGAGUCAAUUAAAUCGACACGAAAAUUAGAAACUCUAGAGGGAUUUUUAUCGGAUAUAAAGAGCAAACAAUUGGCUUUGGAAAAUUUAAAUACUUUGGUAACGAGAAAAGUCAAGAAUACGAAAACUAUUUUAUUAAAUAAAAACAACGGUAAUAAUAAAGAUUCGAGUGUAGCGCUGCCGAUUUUAGAAAUUAAUUCAACAGAAAGCACAAUACCGCCCCCGCCACCGCUACCGGUAGUACCUUAUUAUACACAUUCGCAAGUGUCAACACGGCAACGUCAGCGUAUAGAAAAUUUACGCAGAUACGAAUCAUUUCGCGUGUAGAAAUUGAGGUCACCGAAAAUAUUAACCAUCUGGAGGCUUUGAUGAAUUGAAAAAUGAAUUGUAAAAUAAAAAAUACUUACUUCCUCGGUGAUAAUCCAAGGUAAUUUUGGAAGAAAACUAAGAACAGCGUCGGAAAAUCUACUGUG